GGGGCCUCCGAUAAGGGCCUGCAGGGGCUCGGCGCUCUUGGGCGCUGCGAUAAGGCUGCACGUGGGCGUGGGGGGCGUGGGGCGCCGCCACGUCUGGAGGCCCCAGCUUGGCCACCUGGGACGGGGCCGGAGACCUGGCUGGGGGCGGGGGCGGGGCAUCCGGAGCAGUCACGCCCGCCUUCCUCCCGAGUCAGAGCCGCUAAAAUGGCGGCGGUGACAGCGUCCCGUGCCGGACUUGGGGUCCUGGUCGCCGCGUCGGGGGCCGACUAGCGCCUUCCUAGGCGCUCGCAUCCUGUCCGCGAACUGGUCCCCGGGGCGCUAGCGCGCGGCCCCCACCCGGACCCUCGGCCGCCCACCACCACCCCUCCGGCGCGCCCAUGAACUCCAUAUCGCCGGCGGCCGUGCAGUACCGGAGCGGGAGCCCAGAGGACGCGCGCCACCCCGAGGGCCGCAGACCGAGAGGGCCCCGAGUCCCGGACCCCAACGGCCUGGGGUCCUCUGAAGCCAGCGGCCCCGCUCUGGGCUCCUCCGCGGCAGCCCCGGGGGAGCCGGACGAAGUGGACAAGUUUAAGGCGAAGUUCCUGACUGCCUGGAACAACGUCAAGUACGGUUGGGCAGUCAAAAGCCGGACCAGCUUUAGCAAGAUCUCCAGUGUCCACCUGUGCGGCCGCCGCUACCGCUUCGAGAGCGAGGGUGACAUCCAGCGUUUCCAGCGGGACUUCAUGUCCCGCCUGUGGCUCACAUACCGCCGGGACUUCCCGCCUCUCGCUGGGGGCUGUCUGACCUCGGACUGUGGCUGGGGCUGCAUGUUACGCAGUGGGCAGAUGAUGCUGGCACAGGGCCUCCUGCUGCAUUUCCUGUCCAGAGACUGGACGUGGGCCAAGAACAUGGCCCUGGGCCCCCCUGAGCCGUCAGGGUUGGCCUCUCCCAACCGGCACCAUGGGCCUGCUUGCUGGAUGCCCCCUUGCUGGGCCCAGGGCAGUCCUGAGGUGGAGCAGGAAUGCCGGCACCGGCAGAUUGUGUCCUGGUUCGCUGACCACCCAAAAGCCCCCUUUGGCCUACACCAGCUGGUGGAGCUCGGGCAGAGCUCAGGCAAGAAGGCAGGUGACUGGUAUGGGCCAUCUGUUGUGGCACAUAUACUCAGGAAAGCUGUUGAGAACUGCUCAGAGGUCACCCGCUUGGUGGUGUACGUUUCUCAGGACUGCACAGUGUACAAGGCGGAUGUGGCACGCCUGGUGGCUAGACCAGACCCUACAGCUGAGUGGAAGUCUGUGGUCAUCCUGGUGCCCGUGCGGCUGGGUGGCGAGACUCUCAACCCCGUGUAUGUGCCCUGUGUGAAGGAGCUCCUACGUUCAGAGCUGUGCCUGGGCAUCAUGGGGGGCAAGCCGCGGCACUCACUGUACUUCAUCGGCUACCAGGAUGACUUCCUGCUCUACCUGGACCCCCACUACUGCCAGCCCACUGUGGAUGUCAGCCAGGCCGACUUCCCCCUGGAGUCCUUCCAUUGCACCUCACCCCGCAAGAUGGCCUUCGCCAAGAUGGACCCAAGCUGUACUGUGGGGUUCUAUGCUGGAGACAGGAAGGAGUUUGAGACACUGUGCUCAGAACUGACUAGGGUCCUCAGUUCCUCCUCGGCUACAGAGCGGUAUCCCAUGUUCACCCUGGCUGAGGGCCAUGCUCAGGACCACAGCCUGGACAACCUCUGCUCCCAGCUCUCCCAACCAGCUUUGCAGCUUUCUCGAACUGGGCGGCUCCUCAAGGCUAAGCGCCCAAGCUCGGAGGACUUUGUGUUUUUAUAAAGGGAUGGGAUGGGGUAGAAGAUGGAACACACACUAUUUAUUUUUUUAUUUAUGUCACACUGGGUGUGGGAGUUUGUUGAACUCUGGUGGUGAUGGGACUUUUCCUCUUGAUAAGAGUAGCUGAGACCAGCCCUGGAAACCUCCAGGCUGGGGCCAUUCAGCUAGGGACAGAGCCUGCAGGCCCGCCUCCCACCAGCUGGGCCCUCCUCACAGGGCAGAGGGAAGGCGGGCUCCUGGGCAACAACUCAGGGCCUGACUCAAGUACUGUAGUUUGCACUGGACCACCCGUGCCUGUCACUGGUCUUGAAGCCCCUGUCCUUCCAAGGGCUGGUGGCCAUGGGGGGAACUGCGGCUGCUGGGGGCUAAUAAAGCCGUCUGACUUGACCUUA